CAUCGGCCGAGGGGCCGGGCCCCGCCGCCCCCAGCGCCGCCCGCCCCGGCCGCAGCGCAGCGCAGCCGGCCGCCGCUGCCGCGCCAUGAAGAUCAAGGACGCCAAGAAGCCGUCUUUCCCAUGGUUUGGCAUGGACAUUGGGGGAACUUUGGUGAAACUCGCAUAUUUUGAACCCAUCGAUAUCACUGCAGAGGAGGAGCAGGAGGAAGUUGAAAGCUUGAAGAGCAUCCGCAAAUAUUUGACAUCCAACGUAGCGUAUGGAUCCACUGGCAUUCGAGAUGUCCACCUUGAGCUGAAAGACUUAACCAUUUUUGGUCGCAGAGGAAACUUGCACUUUAUUAGAUUUCCAACUCACGAUUUGCCUACUUUUAUCCAAAUGGGAAGAAAUAAAAACUUUUCAACACUACACACGGUGCUCUGCGCCACGGGAGGUGGCGCUUAUAAGUUUGAAGAAGACUUUCGCACAAUUGGAAACCUCCAGCUGCACAAACUGGAUGAGCUUGACUGCCUUGUCAAAGGCUUACUGUAUAUAGACUCUGUCAGCUUCAACGGCCAGGCAGAGUGCUACUAUUUUGGAAAUGCCUCAGAACCUGAGAGAUGCCAAAAGAUGCCUUUUAACCUGGAUGACCCGUACCCAUUGCUGGUGGUUAACAUUGGUUCAGGAGUCAGUAUUUUAUCAGUCCAUUCCAAAGACAACUAUAAGAGAGUAACUGGAACAAGUCUAGGUGGAGGAACCUUUCUUGGUUUAUGCAGUUUGUUGACGGGAUGUGAAAGUUUUGAAGAAGCUUUGGAAAUGGCAUCUAAAGGAGACAGCACACAUGCUGACAAGCUGGUUCGAGAUAUUUAUGGAGGAGACUAUGAAAGAUUUGGCUUGCCAGGAUGGGCUGUAGCUUCCAGUUUUGGAAAUAUGAUUUACAAAGAGAAGAGAGAGUCUGUUAGUAAAGAAGAUCUUGCAAGAGCCAUCUUGGUCACCAUCACAAAUAACAUCGGGUCUAUUGCCCGGAUGUGUGCAGUAAAUGAGAAAAUAAAUAGAGUUGUGUUUGUUGGCAAUUUCUUGCGUGUGAAUACUUUGUCAAUGAAGCUUCUUGCGUAUGCACUGGAUUACUGGUCAAAAGGCCAGCUGAAGGCCUUGUUCCUAGAACAUGAGGGAUACUUUGGAGCUGUUGGUGCUCUUCUCGGGCUGCCAAACUUCAGUUGAGAUGCGAGAUGUCACUGCACUGAACUGUUUUCCACCUGGAUGACACUUGUUUAUGGCAAUGGGAACUAAGGCUAGGGAUGGGAAAAGAAAAUGGUAGAUUUUCUGUAACUUUUUAAAUGUAAGAAGUGAUGAGCUACUGAAUAUUGCCAUUAUAAGGAAGGUUUUUUUUUUUUACUCUGUUGGGCAUUCAAAAGCAAAAUGUUUGGGGAUAUCAUUUAUGUUCUUUAAUACGUGUAGCCAAUAUUGAACUUUUAAUAUGCAAUACAUCCUCUGAAAACAAGCUUCCGGAAGAAGGAAUGCCGGCACUAAAAUAUUGCAAGUUAAUUCCUGAGGAUUUAGGCCCACUGGGUUUGUAUGUAAGUGAUGAAUGAAACAUUAUUUUUAUUGGUUAUGCUACAGUAUGAGCACAGUUUCUCUCAUGCAUGCAACUGUAAAAACAGUAAGGUACUAUCAACAAGAUGAGGAAACCAUAGGCAGUGGUUUCCCAUGGUAACAAUAGUAAUUAUUUUAUUUUCCUGUCUAUUGGAAAUACUAUUAAUGCUUUAGUUUACAGCGGAAAGAAUAAAAACACAAAAAGUCAGCCAAAGCAGAAGAAUAAGCAGUUGAUGUCGUGAAGGUUUUGUGAAUACCUCUACUUGCACUCUUCGCUUACUUGAAGAACCACCUGUGAUUUUGGGAAGACCCUUUCUCUUUGUUUAGAUUUAGAAAAGGAUUUAAUGAAAACCUUUCUUUUUUUAAUUUGAGGAUGUGACUUCCAAAAAUGCCUUCAGGUUAGGGGCGUCCUCAGAUUCUGACAUCAUAAAUCAUUAUUUGUGAAGACACCACAAAGCCUAUGAGAGUUGAAGAAAUCUUCCUCCUAACAAACUAAAAAUGGAAUACUGAAAUUCUGAUGCUUUGGCUAACUUAUAUGGAGGCUUAGAAAAUUUUUGUCCCAUCCAGCUAUUUUGAAAAUCUGAUUUCCCUAAUUUUAUAUGAGGUAAUCAGACUCUAAUUAAAUGUUGAAAAUGGAAGAUGGCUACCUUGCUUUUGGAUUUGGAAGUUUGAUUUCUGGAAGUUGAGGACAGCAUCAGAGUUUGUAUUGCAGUACUAAAAGGACCAAUAGGCAGUGCACUUGCAAUAUGGAACCAUUUAUCAAACCGUGGCCUUGGGAUAAAAUCCGUACUUGGGAACUGAUCGUUUUUUCCUAUCUACUUUAGAAAUUUGCAGUUGGGAUUAUUGUAAUAAGUUUAGUCCUGAAGCAGGGCAUGAGAUCUUAAAUUUAUAAGGACACUAUACAGUUGUUAGCUAUAUGAAAGAAAUACCCAUUUUUAUGAUAAUUUAUUUUAAUGUUAUUUCCUAUAAGUGCACGAAGAACAACCAAACUAGAACAUGUUAGUGUUGGGUUUUAAUGUGCAACUGAUGAUUCCACAGCGUGGCCGCAUUGUAUUCAGAUACAUCCACCUCAUACGCUGGAAAGCUGUAUGCAAUUUUUUUCCUUUAUUUAAAUUCAAAGCCCCAUAUUAACGUCUUACGGUUUUAAAAAAUAAAUAAGCUUAUGCUCCUUUAAGAGUGCAGUAACUGAGAGUAGCCACUUCACUGAGCCCAAUGCCAAUCUCAAAUACAGCUCAUCUACCAGUGCUUUUCCUAGUACUCCUACUGAAUUUUCUGUGCUUGCUUUGAUGUUUCAGUCUAGACAUUAAAAAAACAAACUCACAGUUCAACUGAUGUAAUAAUGCUAAUCAGAGCACUUCAGAAAACAGGUGAAUAUGGCUUUCAUGGUGUCUUACGAGUACUGUACGCUGUCCCUUUCAAGAUUGACUAUAGGAAGUAACCUGUAUUCGGUUAUAAAACUUCAGGAAACAUUUUCUGAAUGUUUUGACAGCUUCCUUAAAAUUUUGUGAACCAACUGUGUUUUUCUUGCAAGGUGAAGUAUUUUAAGACACUACAGCCUAAUUAGAAACAGUUCCUUUAGACCGUAUUUACUGCUACUUCAUUUCUCAUUGUGUUACUGAGAGCUGCUUUUGAAGCAGUAGUUGGUGUGGUAUGUAUUUAACCAGAAGCGCACACAGGAGAUGGUUACCUAAUGACCGUGACCAUGGUUAAUUUAAACUAUUUGAAGUUGAUAUGACCUAAAAGACAUUUUUAAAGUAAAAUGUACAGUUACAGAGUAAAGUAAUGCAGUAAUUCUUGAAUAGCUGUACUGUAUAGAUAGAAACUACUGUGAGAAUCAAAGUAUGCCCUACCUCUAUUUUUCUUGAGCUUGCAGAAAAAAGGCUUCCUUUCAUUUGUUUUAUCAGCACAAUUAUUACUUCAUUACAGGAAAAAAAAAAGUUUUUAAGCCUGGCUUUAAAGCCAGAUCUUUCAUUUUGUCUCAUUUUUCUCUCAAAUUAGAACUUGUUCCUAGAGUCUCCAAAGAUUGGCUCUACCACCCCUAGAAAUACUAGGCAUCACAAAUAGUUGCAGGAUAAGCCUUAAAGUCAUCUUAUCUCAAUUCUCUUCUAAAUUUGAAUGGGCUUGUAUCUUUUAUACGCAUAACUGAAGUAACUUCGUUUUUCCUGAUCUCUGUUUUCAUUUUCACACUUGCCAUUCCUGUUCCCCAGAGCUAACUGGCUGAAGCUGCUUUAUAGUGAACUGAUUCAGUGUACUACAGUAGAGGACAUCUGGGGUUUUCUCAGGGCUACUCUUGUCUUCUCACGUAGGACCGCUUUAAAGGAAAGUUGUCUGAUACUUGUAAAGCAUAAAGCUCAUUCUGAAUGUGUAAUUGCUUUCAGCUUGGUCAGCCAUGCGAGUGCCUUUUAAGUUUUUCAUGUAAUGCCAAUUUUAAUGGUACUGGGACUUGAUUCACGAGACUUCUUGACCAGUGUUGCUUAUCUGAUAACUUUACUGGCUGUGGAGAUGAUCCUUUCCAUCCAGUUUAGUAGAAACGCCAGGAGAACAGCACAAGGUUUUGGGCUGCCCAUCCCCACAGCCCUUAUCUUUAGAGGUAAUGCCUUUGCACUUUCGUCUCUCUCCAGCUCGAUCUUUUUAAGCAUGAGGCAGUUUUAUUCUAUCAGUAUCUCCCUAAAAAUCCUACUAGUUCUUAUUCAGGUGAGCACAGAUUAUUUCUGGCCAAAGAAGUUCAUUUUAUAUGCAGCUCUCCCAAGUUGUUACAGCUGUUAAACUUUACCACCUUUCUACUUCUACAUAGGGUAACAGCAUUUUUAACAGGAAGAGAACCUUUUCUAUAAUAUGUUUUGAAUAUUUAGCAAUAUGAGGUGAACACAUCUUCAGUGUUCUUUACUAAAGCUUGCAGAGGUUAAGGCUAAACACUUGAAUUUUUUAACAAAACCUGAAUAAAGAUAACAGUUCAGAGAGAAGCAACAUAGGCAUAACUUACUUUUGUCUUAUUUUGGUCCAGAUUUUAAAACAGUGUUCAGAUCUCUACUGUACCUUUUGAAGAUCUUUGCCUCUCUUUGUCUAGUGUUCUGCAAGCAAGCACCUAUGUGAUUCUCUCAGCACAUCACAGAAUACUUCCUUUUGAAGACUGGGAGUUUUGGCCUAGAAAGAAUGAGAUCCUGCUGUCCCCCUCUAUUCUCAGCCUGCAUGUUAAGAACAAAAGUUAAGUUCUGGUUUCUCGUAAUAGAUUAAAUAUUCCUUCAGUAGUACUGUGAGAUUCCUGCUUGCAUAUGAGUUGUUGGUAGUGUAUAUGCAAGCUGAUGAUACUGCCUUUAAAGACUGAAAUAUUAAGUCUUUUUCUCUAUCCAGUAUAGGUCUUCAGGAAAUACCUACUUUCAGAUAAGUCACAGUAACUUCUCAUUCCUAAAUGUUUCACUAUAACAGAUUCUAGCAUUUGAAACUAGUUAGUGUCUUUUUCUCGAAUAAGUCUGUGCUUCCUAAAGACUAGAUGGUGUCUUACAAAUUCAGUCAGUAACUAACAUUAAUGCCUAAAUUCACAUUCAAACUAUGUUUUAAACAUCACUUUCACUGUUCACAUUCUGGAAAUUGGACAGGUAUAAUCCCAAGGGAACAGUUUGCUUCAGCUGAGAACAGAUCAAGAUCAGUGCAGUUCAGAUCAGCAUGUGGUCAUCCAUUUAUCGUGAGUUCAUUUUCCAUGUGUCAUGAGGUUAGUUCUUUCCCUUGUUGGUGUUUUCCUUUUUUUUUUUUUUUGAGUACAUGGGCUUAAAAGAUACGCAGUACGUAAUAGACCUUUUAGGUCAAAAAGCAAACAACAAAACAGUUGUGGGUCAGACUGGGAGUGUUUGACCAGGAACUGUAGAUUACUGUGCAGAGCUAGGAAGACACUUGACGUGCAGUUACUGUUUUGGUUUUACUGAUCUUUCUAUUUCUAUUCUUAAUGCACAGUGAGAAGGAGUGUGGUUAAGGUCAUUGUGGGUAAAAUGGAUGAAUUAUUUUAAGUCAUCAGACAUGACCAUGGGAGACAAAAAAUGCCUUAUCAUACAGACAGAGGGGUAAUUGUCCACUUGUGAGGUUUUAUUAAUGUAUUCCAAAGUACAUUGCCAGUAUUCUGCCAUCUGAGAUAGAAUAUUACUAAUUCUUUGAGGUAGAAGUCUGUAAAGAAGCUUUUGUUACUUUUAAUUCACACAUGCAAAUUAUUAAACUUUUUAAAGCAUUUUUUCACACUUUGUGGAAACAUAAAAAGAGGCUGUAAUAUGUUUGUAAUUAUUAAUGUGCUAACAGAAGUAUGUUUAAGCAGUCCAGGUCUGCGUAACUGAGUGCCAAAUCCUGCUCACUUCAGCUACUUGAGUAGAUCUCGUAAAUGGGAGCAAGGUUUGGCCUCAGGGCCUUCUGCCUGGGGAACACAGUAAUGCUACGUUGCAUAUUCCUGCUGGUGCUAAAUCAUUUGUUGAGAAUAAACAUUCUAAACAGAAAUUGUAAAUAAAAUAUGUAUAGUCUGGUCCUUCUGACAGAUUUAAAAUCUAUUAUUUGCAAAUAACUUCUUACCAUAUUUUGAGUUUCCCUUUUCCUUUAGUUCUUUUUAUCAGAGGUGGGCUGUUUGUUAGCGUGGCAAGUCAUUGACAGGUUUUAGCUUCCUGUGCUGCUUUCUGUAAGGCCCGUGACAUUCCGGUUGUACACUAUGAGGCGGAUCGCUUCUCAUUGCAGGCUUUCAGUGUUAUCCUUAGGCUUGUUUUGUCAUCGUAGCUGCUCAAGCAGUUAGCGUCAGCUAGAACAAGAUCAGCAUUUGUUCUUUGCUAAAACUUCAAGAAAUCAGACAUUCCUUUUAGCAUGUGGGGAAGCUGUUGAAAAAAAUGGAGAAGUACCAUUUAAAACUCUUUUUAAAGGAAAUAUGUUAAUUAGUCUACAAAAUAAACUGGAAUAAGGUGUAUCAGUUGCUAAUCUUUGCUAUAAACUGCUAGCAUUUCACAAUUCCAGCAUCAAUUUAAGAACAUUGUGAAUACGUGCUUUAGGAGGAGGUAUACUUCAGAUUGUGCCUCACAGAGGAUAACUAUAAGACUAGUGAAAUAUUUUAAGUACUAAAUGACAGCAUCUAGAACGUGAAUCAGUGUUUUGAUGUUAUAGGUUAUAGAGGGCUUUUUAUCAUCUGCACUUUUCUAUAUUUCUGAGUUUUAGCAAAUUUUAACAAAUGUGUAUUUGAUUUUUCCAUCUACUGACUUGCCAUGUGCAGGCCUGCUCAUGACCAACUCCUGUCUUCAGAUGUUUUAGAUGCUUAGCAAAAUGAACAGGCAAAUUAAUAAAUUGUAAACCCUUGGAGGAUGGAAGUUCUCUUAAGAGCCAUUUGGUUAAGUUGCCUUAUUCUAUUACAUUGCACUCAUGUUACGUCUCCACUUCCUUGUUUACUGUUCUGACACUGAAGAUGUGAUGUAAAAAUACGUGCUACAAAUUUUUAUUCAUAAAUUCCUGAUUAAUACCUUUGUGUCACCUGUUAAUACAACUCUUGUAAAUGAUACCCUUAUGCCAUCUGUAACACAGCUCUUGUAAAUUGUUUAAAUUAUUUUUCUUUUUAUAGCCUUGUUAUUGAAUGUACAGAUUAGAUCCCUUUAUUAUCUCACUAAUUUCACUGGGGCCUAAAUGUGGCCGAUGCUGUAACUCGUCCCAUCAAAACUGUAAAUAAUACUUUAUUGCUUGUUUGCAUGACUGAAGUUUGCAUUUAAUUUACUUUGUCAUAAGCCAACUCCUCUGUGAUGGGCCUACUUUUUACAGUUUAUUUUCCUGGUUUUAUUAGCAUUUGUUCUGUAUGAAUGUUCAAGCAGUACUUUGUCUUUUCCUAAUAAAUAAUUUGAGAUUGUUCA